CGGAAGCGCCGCGCCAUGGAUCCGGCGCUCAUGGAGCAGUAUGCGAACUACCUCGACGAGAUGGAGCGAUCCGACCCGAAGGCGUACAAGGCCUUCAUGCAGGAGAUGCAAUCCAAGGUCACGGCAGGCGGCGACGGCCUCUCGAUGGAAGCCCUACAGGCAGCCAUGGCCACGGCGCCAGCGUCCAAUGGAGCUACCGACGAUCUUCGGUUUCCUGGCAACAAGGUCAUGCAGUCGCAAGGCCUCGCCGAGCAGAAGGAAGGGAUGUACGUCGACGUCGAGCCCGGCUUUGUCAUGAAGACCAAGGAGCUAGCGUCCAAGACCAAGCUCUUUGUCAACUUUUGCACAUGCGAACACAUCAAGAUCUGGUCCAAGCAAAAGAAGCUCGACGAGAAGGGCGAGGAGCAAGAAGGGAUCCACGUGCCAUUGAGCCUCGGGCCUCCGCACGAGGUCUUGGACCAUGCCAAGAAGACAUGCUUGGCCAUUGACGUGGCCGUGAACCCGCAGGUUGUGCUCGACGCGGACGCGGACAGCACGGGCACGUUUCGCAACUUUCUGUGCGAACUUGCGAUUCAGUACAUUGAAGAAAAGUACAAGUUCCAAGUCGACCCGCAGUACAAGCUACCAAAGCUCUCGUACCGGGGCGAGCUGCCACCCGCCAAGCACUACAUCCGCAAAGCCCAGGCUCCGACGAUCGAAGAGGUCGAUCGAUCCGUCCAACCCGCGCCACCUGCCGCGCCAAUUGUGCUCCAGCCGCUCGCGGGCACCUUGAUGGAGUCUGUGGCAUCGAACGAAUGGCGUAUCUGCGCGCAAGUGCCGGCGUGCGAGGGGGGUCCAGCUUUGUCCAGGGCGCACCUGGCCAGCGCACCGCGCCACCUCCAAAUGCGCUUCGAGUUCCCAUCGACCGUGACCAACCCGGACGCGAUUCAAAUCCACGCCCGCGCCGAGUACCUCGUGGUGCAGGUGCCUGGCUACGUCGACCAUGCCACGUACUUGCCGUACCCGAUCGAUGCGAGUGGGGUUGCGGCAGACUAUGCUGCAGCCAACCAAGCGCUCACGAUUACCAUGGCUGUGGACGCGACGUUUCACGACCAGCAGCUCGCUCCAGAUGCGGGAUCCGCGCCGUGGAUGCUUUCGCAGGCACUUGAUGAUGGCAGUGACAACACCAAGGUGUCCAGCAAGGAACCGUCGCUCACGGAUAAGUUUCAACUUCAACCAGCAGCGCCGCCAAUGGCUGUCGAGAGUCCGAUCCAAGAAGAAGACGAGCUACCGGAAGACCGAUUCCACCGCAAGGACAUGUUGUCGAUGCACAUUUUAGACCAGCGCAAGGCCGAUCGGGCCGAGAAGGCGAAAAAGUCCGAGGACGAGCGCAAAGCACGCAAGGCUGAGAACGACGCCAAGGUUGCAGCAGCCAAGGCGGCCGGCAAGACGUGGCGAGAAAUGUACCCCAACGAGCCCGAGACGACGUUUGUCGACCUCGGCGAGAUGCUGCAGAAGGAGGCAGCGACGGUCGUGCUCGAGCCCCAAGCGAUGCCAGAGUCGGAGAUCGCCAAGGCUGUCAAGACCGAGUGGACUGGCGCGACCAAGAUGGAGUUUGCGAGCAGUCUGGCGUUCGAGUUGCUGGAUUGACAAAGGAACCAUCAUCGAUAACGCUGUUGUUGUUGUUUAGACUACUG